AUGGUUCAAAUCACUACAUUGUUUUCAUCGGCAGCUGCUAUCUUGUUAUUUGGUGCCGUGGGUACCUGUCAACAGCAAUGGGGUGGUCCUGUAAAUAGGGCUAUUGUUGAGCAACAGCUCUCUGAUUUGAAGGCGGCCAACGUGAUCCCUGAAGUGCUUCCUGAAUUUGAGCCUACUUCAUUCAUCAAGUUGAUGUAUGACGACAAACCCGUGGUUAAUGCAGGCGAUGUCAUUUAUCCCCAUCAAGCUGUCAAUCCUCCACAUGUUUGGUUCCCAGCACCCCGUGAAGAUGCUCAUUACACUCUUGUGCUUGUGGAUGCUGAUGCACAUGUUCCUUUGGUGCGUCAUUGGAUCGUGGAAAAUGUCCCAGGUGGUAAGCCUGGUUCCAGUAUUCGAGACAACAUUCCCUACACUCCGUAUCACGGCCCCACACCACCUGCUCUUACUGGCAAGCAUCGUUACGUUUUCGCACUCUAUGAGCAACCUAUGGUCAAUCAAUCGCUUGUGCCACCCAUCGUGGGAGACCCUGAUAGACAUCGUGCAUUCUUUGAUCUCGACAAGUUUGUCACCGAAAACGACUUGACUUUGGUGGCGGCUACCUAUGUUCAAGCAGAGCAUGAAGAAGGCUACGAAGGACGAGGUCGUGCACCUAGUAGUGUACUUGCAGCCGCAAGCAGCAGCAGUGUUGGAGCAUCCAGUAUGAUGAGCAGUGCAAGUGCCAGUGCAGCACCUUCUUCAGCAGUCUAA